AUGUUUGAACGUCGUGCCGCGGAUCGGUAUCGCCUUCGAAUGCACCGGGCGCGUUCGGCCGUUCUGACAUCAGAUGAGAUUGUGGAAGUGCGCGCGGCUCAACGAACCUUCGAAGGUGCCUAUGUUCGGACUGCCCUUUCUCAAUUCUCGUUCGCCCUUGUUGUGCUCAAGAUCUUCACCGCGGAGUUUUACAGCAUCGGAGCCCUGUUCGCGAUUUAUGGCACGGGUGUCCUCAUAAUUGGACUCUUUCGCCGGUCCCAAGGAAACAGACAGUUCUUCUCUGAAGUAGGAGAGGAUGGGAUCCAUCGACAUAAAUUCAGGACCAGUGGGAAUGCGGUUUUGGUUCUCACAGCACUAAGUAUUGCAGCCUACGCAUGCUUGAUUGGCCUGACCUUGAACCUGAGCAACUGA